AGUCCAGGUGGGUAUUCUACCCUACCUUGAUCGUGUCCAUGGGAUGUCCGACCACCAACCCCACAGCACCUGGGGAGAGGAGACACACAAACCAGGGAGUCUGGUUCCCAGCCCUGCAGUGGGGAGCUGUGACUGGCUGUGCUUGUGUUUUGGUUGCAGAUGGAGGGGAGUGACUCGGGGUCCCCAGCUGACCCCUCGGAGGUGUCCCAGAGAGACAGCGUGUCUUCAGCUGGGGCGAGGGCUCGGUGUGUGCUGAUCUACCUGGUUAAUGACACCGCAGUGCAGCUCACU